AUGGAUUUUCUAGUAUUUCUUGGAAUUAUUUUCGGGAUUAUUUUUGGUGCCGUGAAAGGAUGUGAAAGUUUACAUUCAUCAAGUCAUGGCGUGAAUUUGGUGGGUAAUUUUCAAAUGUUUUUAACUCGCGCCAAAAAUCCCCAAAUGUUUUUUCUCUUUACAGAUCUGCUGCUCUUUGGAUGCUCCUUUAAUCGAAACCUGCGAAUACACGUCAUUUUGUCGCGAGCAUUGCUCAUGUUUUCUAACAAUCACACAACAUUUGGAAUGCGCCUUUAAGAACACGUCUGAUUCGAAAAAAUUCAAAUUUCUCGAUCAUCAAACUUCUGCCGGCUCGCAGAUUUCGUGUCGGGACCCAAAUUUGCCAAAUCCUACAGUACCCUAUACUGUAGUUAUUGAGGAAGCUGAUGAAAAGUACAGUAACUUUUAAAAAAUUGUUUUUGAAAGAAUACAGUACUCCAAGACUACAGUAAUCCUACAAAAUCUUUUCCAAAAUGUUUUCCAACAAUAUUAUACUCAAAAUGCUUCAAAUUUUGAGCUUUUUCCAACUACAGUACUACAAAACCUCCAAAAUUCUAAAAUAUUCCAGAAAAACCUACGAAUUCCUUUUGGGAAUGUGUGGCUACCACGUCACCUCGCUCACCCUUCAAACCUAUUCUCAACUCUUCGAUCAACUCGAUUUUUCCACGUGUUUUCCCGAUUUGGCAUCAUUCCAAAUUAUUUCACCCACCAGAAAAUUGGCAAGUUUCCAAAAAUCGUUGAAAAAUUUACGGAAUCUGACUGUUCUAUCGUUGGUCAAUGUGGAUUUCGAGUUUUGGCUCAGCGAGCCACCAUUUAUUGAGAAUUUGAAUUAUUUGCAUAUUGAGAAUUCGACGUUGAGUGAGAUUCCAAAAUGGUUUGCAAAAAGCCAAGCAAUUAGUGACAGUUAA